AGGAGCCCUAAGUCCCUACCGGCAUAUAAUUCCAGGUUAUUUCCGCCAUGCAUGUUCAAGAAAAGUUGUCAGAGUGUAAUUAUAAUUUGAGUUAGUCCAACAGUGCGCUGCACUGUUCCGAGGGUGGCCUCUGUGAAAAUUAGAAUUCGGUAAAUGAUAUUCUCAAAUUGUGUUGAACCAGUACAUUACAAAUUUUCGUCAUAACAUGGACCAAAUUUAAAUAUUGUCGGAAAGUGUGGUUAAGAUAGAAAACGUAAAUAAAUUUUAAACAAGUGCCUUUUUUUUUUCAAAUUAAGUAUUUAGUAAAGAGUAAAAGUAUACUGUUUUAAGGUUCUGAAAUUCUAGAUCAUUGUAAGAAUACUAUAAAAGAUUAUUAGCAUUAUAUAAAUUUUCAUGAGUUUUAUUUUUACUCACAUUCAACAUGUAAAACCGGAACCUGAUGAUGAUCCUGCGGAGGUUGUAUUCUCUUUCACAGAGCUGCAACCACUAGUCGGUGUGUUUCUGGAUCCUGAGGAGGUUCCCAAGAGGAGAGUGAAGCAGCCAGACGACUGGGACCCUUUGGCCUUGGGCACUGAAAUUGUUCGUUGUAAAGUGAGACGUCUGCUGAUAGGCUACUGAAGGCGAGUGGUCGUACAGGCGGACGGAUAGACGCACGGACGGAGGACGAGCGGACGAAUAUUGAAAUACAAUGGUUUCUUUUAUAUUAAUAACAGGCGAAACAAUCUGGUAAUAAGCUUGACCGUUAGAAAGGCAUUUCUAUUAGAAUCGCGGGUAGACACUCGUGUUGUGUGUAUGUGAAUAAGUGAUUAAAAUCAGUCAAUGCCGUGACCCUGAGGUUGCUAAUUUGUCGUCCUCUCAUGCAGAGCACAUUCAUACGAAUUAUGACUAUCACGGAUUUCUUGUAUAAUUGAGUACAAUUCCUUGAGGAAAGCUGAUGCCCUUUUUAAUUUCUCACCUUUCGAAAUAGAGAAGGG